AUGUCACAUACCAAGAGAUCUCAUAAGACGUACGAGGCUGACCUAUACGAAGAUCAACUCGCCGCACAUGUCUCCUUCGGCACCCCUUUGCCUCCCCUAGACCCGGACACACGUGACGAUGGCUCCUACGUUCCCUUACACAAGCAGCAGGUGAGGGACGAGCAUGGGCGGCGGCGCCUUCAUGGCGCUUUUACUGGAGGAUGGAGCGCAGGAUACUUCAAUACUGUCGGAUCAAAAGAGGGUUGGACUCCGUCUACCUUCAUCUCGAGCCGCACGAACCGACAGAAGGGGAAAUCGAAUACGUUCCAUCACCGGCCAGAGGAUUACAUGGAUGAAGAAGAUCUUGCGGACGCCACUGCCACUCAAGAAAUCCGGACCACUGAUCCCUUUGCAGCCCUUGGGGCUUCUAGCCAUGUUGGACGUUACCCUGUUAGGCUGGCUGGCUUAAUGAGAAGGCAGUGUGACAGCAUGGGUUUCGAGCUUCUGCGGAGGAUGGGCUGGAAGGACGGACAAGGCAUUGGGCCGAAAGUGCGUCGGAAAGCGCGUUUAGGCGCUUCGGCAAACACUACGACUGCUGCGUCAAACGAAACCCAUCUCUUUGCGCCGGACGAUGUUGUUAUGGUUACUUUCUCUCGCAAGGCCAACCAGCGGGGUUUGGGCUACCGGGAGGAAUCUCCGCUCUCGCAGCUCUCCGGGUCUAACAACAAUCAAUACGGACUACAAAGCCUUGGGGCUGAUCUUGACAAAGGGGGUGGCGACUCUGCCAGCGGGCCUCGCCUUUCACUUGGCAUGCCUGACAAGAAACAGAAGCAGGCACAACGUGGGGGCUUCGGCGUUGGGAUCUUAAACGACACCGGCUCAGAUGAAGAUGACCCAUACGAGAUGGGGCCCCGAAUAUCAUAUAACCGAACCCUGGGCAGCGACAAGAUGAAGAAGAAGCAGUCCACGAGUACCACUGUGGCGGCAAACCCAGCGCUGCGAACAAAACCAGUGUUUGUCUCUAAGUCCGGCUCGGCCAGGGUUCACGUCCAGCCAACAUGUCUGGAUGGCAAACCGCUGCUGAAAGGCUUUGUCAUGGGCCACUCCUCAGAACCCCGAGAAAUCAGACAGUCGGUGUCGUGUUAUCCCCCCCCAACCAUCCCCCCUGAAUGGGUGUCAGGGAAACGUCGCAUGGACGCCAAACAACCAACGGCGUACGCGUCAACGAAAGAUGCCGCAAAGGCUGCUUGUCACGAUCCCAGGUCUCGAGCGGCGAUUCUAGGCGAACCCGCCCUCCCUGGAAAGUCUGUCUUUGACUACAUGUCAACUGCUUCGCGCGAGCGACUGGCUGCGUUCACUGGCCGAUCGAAUCUCCCACCGGCCAAAGGCGAGGUUCUGCCAGAGCAUGGCAAAACAGCCGAGCAGAGGCUGCAGGACAGGCUGCAGAGCAUACCCACAUUGUCUAAAGAGACGGCUAUUGCAGCAAUGAGUCGUGGAGCAGGCGCGGGUGGCCCUUAUGCAAACGAUGAGGCCAAGCGUGCACGUUACCGGCUCUAUCUGCAGAGUGCGGCUGGAUUUGGUGGCUCAACUCCCACUAAACCUCAAAACAUGACGGACAAUGACUAUAUCAAGGAGAUUGAGGAGUUUCAUGGGUGCGCGCAGCUUUUCAAGCCCAUGACAGGAUUCAUGGCCACCCGGUUCACGACUGCUUCAACGGGAAGCAACGGACCUGGGGAUCCAGGGUCCAGCUCGGACUCGAACGUGCAGAAGCUUGUCAGGCCACCCAAGCCAGCAGAUCCAUUCGAAGAGGCAGCAAAAAUGGGCAUGUAUGGGCGCAUGACGAGGCUGACUGAAAAUUUCUUCCCGACCAGAUUGCUAUGCAAGCGCUUCAGUGUCCCGCCACCCGCCCACGUCCAACCCGACCUGGAGCCUGGUGUCUCUUCGGAGACUCGCGGUUCGUUCCAUGGACUACCUGCCAGUAUAGACAUGACAAGGCAGCCGUUAAUCUGUGGGAUGGACGCAAACGGAGUGGGUGAUUUGCCGGGGCCAAAGCCAGCGGACGAUGCGUCCAAGACCGGAGACAAGGUCGCCGAGGCCUCGCGGCCAAGUGAUGAUGUCUUUAAGGCAAUUUUUGGUGAUAGCAGUGACGAGGAAUAA